AUGAACGCAGAAUCACCUAAAGACCAAUCUACAUCUCUCUCUAUAGCCACGGCCGAGUGGGGUGUUGAUAUAGACAAGAAACAAAUCACCAAUGACCCUAAAAUCUGGGAAGAAAUGUCUCAUCUCGCAUGGCCUACAAAUAGUUUGAUCCCCAUGCUCCUCGAAGCUCGCAAAUUUAGAGAAGAAGAGAGGAUUGAAGAAGCGCGAGAGGUUAUCAAACGCAUUAAGAAUACCCAGAUGAUCAGGAAGAUAGAGGAAGAAGAGGAAUCAUAUUUGAAAGGGGAUGGGGAUGCGGAAGGAGGAAAAUGGUUGGUAGUCGAUGCUAUGGCUGUGAUGGAUGAGAUGUGUGAGAUGGAUAGAAAUUUUGGGGAAGAUAAAGAUACGAGGCAUAAAGCAGAGAGAAGACUAGGGAAGUGCAAUAUAUCAUGGGCUGGCAUGAAUCGUUGGUCGAGGUUGUGGAACUGGUGCUUUGGACAGAGGAACUGA